AUGGCCUCACAAUCCGCCGUCUCCGCGCUAAGCGCCUACCGACAAGUCCUCCGCGCCACCCGGAUCGCAUUCCAUAAUGACAGCCGGGUCCUCCUCGCCGCACGCCAAGAAGCGCGCCAGAACUUCGAAAAGCACCGCCGGUUCGGCAUAGACACGCCCAUGCAGAUCAACCACGCCGUCGAGGUUGCGAAUAUUCUGCGCCACAAUAUCGUGCAGGGUGCACGGGAUGCGGAGGCAGAUGAGAGUGCGAAGUGGGAACUCCGCAUACACGAAGACAUUGAGCGUGGCGAUAACGAUUCGAUUAAGGUUGGAGGGCAGAGCGUCAAGGUCGAUAAGCCUUGCUCGUCAUAG